AUGACAAGACUCGUUGACGAUGCCGGCGAAGCGUCUGGAAAUGUACCAACUCCAUUGUUCUUCGCUGGGACUGUGGAACCGAGCAGAGGACAUAAGACAAGAAGUAGCAGAAACAAUCCAAUCUGCGGUUCUGCAUCCUCACCAAUCUAUCAAAGGGUAUUUGUCGCCUGUGGGUUCUGUGGUUGGCGACUCAAUCAGCCCGCUGGGUCCAGGAGACCUGGCUCUUCACACCAGCAGCAGCAUAAUCAAAUGGGCGGUAGCAGCAAUCUCUCAUCCGGUGUCUCUUCAUUUGGAUUAGGUGGCAGCGGUAUCAGCACUAGUGGUGGCAGCAAUAUCGGCAAUAAUAAUACGUGCAAUGGUGGGCUGGCAUCUGCGAUGGCUGCUCUUCAAAUGCAUGGAGGUGGUGGAAAGCAGACGAUCUGCCAUCACUGUCGGAAGCCGUUACCGCGCUGCUCUGUUUGCCUUAUGCGCCUCGGAAGCACUGCAGUCAUGAUGGAUACAAAUUUUGCAGAACCUUCACCCGGGUUAGUGGUUUGA